AUGCAAUCUGACGAUGCAGCGGCUCGUCUCAUGUUGGAGCGAUGGAUUCGAGCUCUCAAUGGCGCUGCUGAAGCGGAAGAUCCAACCGGCGUCAGCCGCGGGAGUCCUCGGGCCGAAGCCUUGAACAACAUGGUGGGCAUGUCCGUUACGCAUUCGGCCCCUCGGCAUUUGUUGGAGAUGACAAUCCCUCCCUUGAUCCAUCACGUUCGUGCAUACAUUUCUUCGGGCGGCAGCGCAGGCGGCCAUGGCGGAAUCUCGGAACACGAUGCCGCCACCAUUUUGGGGAUCUUGGUCAACUACGCCAGCCCCUGCCUUCGAGGAGAUCACUUGGCCAGGGAUCUCUCCAAUAGGAUGGCUGAAAAGGGGAUCGUCGAAGCUACUCUUUAUGGAAUCUUGGACAGUCCUGCGUUUCCCAAGUUAACGAAAGACGCCGCCUUUUUGAUCAGGAACAUGACCCAAAUGAUUCCCGUUGAGCCUGUCUGGAUUCCACCUCUCAUCCGACAACUGGAAAGGACAGAAGAAGGUGAUUUGACCAUUGUCGCCUUCUUGCUGAACGCUCUCCUGAACAGCGUUGAAAGCCACCAGCCUCCUGAGAGUGCCGAAGCCAAUCGCAACACCAUCUGUGGCAUUAUCUUGUGCUUUCAGUGUGGCAAGCAACAGCCCACACUCUCCAAGUGCUCCCGUUGCAAGGUAGCCCAGUACUGUUCCAAACAUUGUCAAAAAUUGCACUGGAAGCAAUGCGGACACAAGUCUCGUUGCAUGGCUCCUACGGCCUCUGCUGCUGCUGCUAUGGCCAAGCCACGUCCUUCCAAUGGUUUGGCAUUGCUUGUGGGUAUCAUGCGCCGUCAUGUCGACAACAGUGACAUUCAAUUUCUCUUCUUCAUCACUUGCUCUUCAGCAAUGGUUGCACUUGUUGUUCAUCCUCAAAGAAGCUUUCCGUGGCUGCCAAGGCCCACUCCAUGCGCCAAUUUGCCAUUGUCAACGCGGGAGGAAUGCAAGUAG